AUGCUCGCUCUUUGGGCUACUCCCGAACGAGCUGCGCUUCGGAAGCGACAUCGUGAAGCGUGUAAUAUGGUCCUCUCUCGACCACAUCAUUUACCGGUACUUCAAAAAGAACAUGAACAUGAACAACAGCAUUUACAGAAGCGCCAGUUUGAGGCCAUGCACAGCUUGAUCACAAGAAUAAUUCACGCACUGGAUGGUCGUGUUAUGGAACAGCAAACUGCUCUAGAACGAACCGGAUGUUCGGUUUUCGUGCGAACCACCAAUUCCCGAUUGAUUCGUAUCCAGAUGCGUGUUCUGGACUGGAUUAUGCAGCUGUCUCGUCACCCAUUGCCGGAUGAGCUUCGUCGUUGGCCCCGGAGCACCACAACUUCCGCGGGUGGUUCGACCAUGUGGCCACUUUAA